AUGGUAACUUUAAAACGUACAAUUAACGAGUGUUGUGAAAUACUUGGUAUUAGCUCCUUAGAAAUAAAUAAUGAGAAUGAAAUUAGGAAGGCAUACAGACGGUUAGCAAUUAAGUGGCAUCCUGAUAAGAAUCCUGUCAAUGAAAGACAAAAAUGUGAGGCUAAGUUCAAGGAUAUAGUAGAAGCAUAUGAUAUAAUGAUGAGUCCAUCUAAACGUCGGCAAGCAGAAUAUAUUUCUAAAAAAAAAGAAAUAUUUUCAAAUGGUAUGGUUGGAGGAGCAAGAACAGCUCGUUUUGAUGGUUCACUAUUUGGUGGAGGUGCAAAAUUUGCAAAACAGGGUACAAAUCCUGGGUUAAUUAAUAUAAAGUCUACAGAUAGGAUUAAUCAAAGAGUUAAUAAACAGAAAUAUGCAAGAGAAGGUACUUCACCACUUUCUGAUAAGUAUGCUAAUUUUUCAGAUAAAUUCUUUAAAGGUUUGAAUGGAAUCUUUGAUAUAGUUUCAAAUGCUGUAAGCAAUAGUGAAGAAUCUUUCACUAUUGCCACUACAAAGUUAAGAGAUAUAAAGAAUGCAAUAAUAAGAAAUGCGGCAGAUACACACAAUGAAAUAUUUGUCUCUAUAAAAAAUUCUUUAGAACAAGGACUUGAAAAAAAUUUAAUAGACGAAGAGACAACUGCUACUCAAAAUGAUCUUCAACAUAAUGAAUCAUCAUCUACAAUAGAUAAUUCAUCAAAUGCAAUUUCUGAAGAUAAUUUAGAUGGAGACUUAAAUUCAACUCUUGAGAACAUUCCUAUACCUGAAUACAGAUCAAAUAUAUUAAUUGCACCUAAUUAUAGAAUACCUAAUUAUGUACAUAAGCAAAGUUUGUGUGGAGGUUCUCAGGGUCCUCAUCUAUUUGCAAUUAGUAAAGGUUGUAGUGUACAAAGUGGGAAAAAGUACAUAGUAGGGGAGUCUCUCAAUAUUCGGCAUGCUAGAAAAAAGAUUCCAAAUAUAGUAUCUGGUAACCUACAGGCUACGACUGAGAAUAUUAUCCAUCCACAAAGUACACCUUAG